UUAGGCAAUGAACUCAAAAUAUAUGCACCAAAAAAUGGUUCAAAAAGAGACCACUAGGCCUUGUAAAACAGAGAAACAGGGAAGAGGAGGGAGGCUAGUUCUAUUUGCAACUCAAACACUUUGUGCUCUUUUUCUUUUUCGUUUGCUUUACACAGAAAUCACCUUUAAGGGCACCCCUAAUUCUCAACAAAUAAAAUUGGAUAUUCUAGUUGCAUCAGAAAGGCAAAUCUUAUCAGAGUCGAAGCGUGAUGAGAGUAUCACGGUGAAGAAAGAAGCGGUCAUCGUAGCUAGGAAAAAUGUGAGUUCCGGUGAUGUCAAGAAGGAUGUGGGUGUUGCAAUUAGAAAGGAUGAUCAUAACCAGUCUAUACAAUAUCUUUUAACAAGACUUGUUGGAGGUGAAGAUCGAACUAAGCUUGAAUCAACAGGCUUUGCUUGUGACAACACUUCAUGGUCCAUAAUUUGUGUCACAAACAAACCUGUCCAAAUCGAUAUGAGCACAUUGCAAGUGUACCUUGAAACAUCACCAACGACCGAAAACACAACCACCGUUCUCCGGCCAUAUUCAAUGCAAGAAAAUCCUUAUGUAAUGAAAUACAUUACUCCGGUAACUAUCACAACCACAAAACCAUCACGGCCGGCUACUACUUGUGAUCAUAUCCACCAGCACCCGGCCGUGAUCUUUUCAACCGGUGGAUACACUGGAAACCUAUUUCACGAAUUCAACGAAAACAUCAUACCUUUAUUCAUUACAACCCGUCUUUUCAAAUCUCGUGUACAUUUUGUCGUGGUUGAUCACAAGCCUUCGUUUAUUCGAAAAUAUAGGAAAAUAUUUCCUCAUUUAUCAAGCCAUGAAAUUAUAAACACGGCUGUGGAUAAAAAUGUGCAUUGCUUUCCUGGAGCCAUAACUGGUUUAAAGUUUCAUAAAUUUUUAGGUGUGAACACAUCCGAAAAUCCACAAAAUUACUACACAAUGCCCGAUUUUAGAGAAUUUAUAAGACUAACAUAUAGAUUGAAAACAAAAAACGUUUUUCAAACACAAAAUCCACCCAUAUUACUUCUCAUUUCGCGCCAAGGAACACGAAAGUUUUUAAACCAAGUAGAUAUGGUACAGAUGAUGGAAAGACUAGGGUUUCGAGUCAUAAUUGCUAGCUCGGAUAAAGAAAUGUCGGAUAUUGAGAGAUUUUCGCGUGUGAUAAACACGUGUAGUGUGAUGGUUGGGGCUCAUGGAGCCGGCUUAGCCAAUGAAAUAUUUUUGCCCGAUGGGGCUGUUAUGAUACAAGUGAGGCCAUUGGGCUUUCAAUAUGGUGUUGAUGCUUUUUAUAGCGAACCUUGCCCGGGUAUGGGUUUGAAGUAUUUGGAGUAUAUGAUUGAACCGAGGGAGAGUUCGUUGGCUGAGGUUUACGGUCUUGAUCAUCCAAUUGUCGCGGAUACAGCUUCCGUGGCUGCUAAGGGAGGAUAUGCCGCGGCACGAGAGAUUUAUUUGAAUAACCAGGAUUUGAGAUUGAAUUUGAAUAGGUUUAGAGAAACGCUUGUUGAAGCGUUGGGGUUUAUUGGACGACAUAAAAAUGUUGACAAUGCUCGGUAGCUUGAAUUUUUCUUGUACAUUACUAGAGUUUAAAUUUAUAAAAUAUACGAUUCAAAAUAUGUUGAAUUCCAAUUGCUGUAAAUUAAAAAUAUUGUUACAAAGUAUGUAAUGUUGAGAGGUU